AUGAUAAUCGAAAGAAUUGAUCUUGAAGCCUUUAAAUAAGCCUUAUCACUGCUUAGAAUGGACAUGCAAUAUCAGAUCUCCUUUCUCAAUUAUCAACUCAGUAUCAAAACCUAGAUUGAAGAGAACACAUAGAUGAAUACCUAUUCUUGCAAAUCUAAUUGUAAAAUACCCAUUUUGGUUAAUUGUGAUAAGGAAUAAGUCAAAAUGUUAUUGAAUCUGCAAAUCCAAAAUACUUUGGUGCAUUUGGAAUUUCAGGAUUGUGAUUCAUUUAGACUGAUUUCUUAGUAAUAUAAAGCAUUGAAAUUGCAUAGAAUCUAAUUUGAAAUUAUUCCAGAAUAGACUUAAUUGAGACUAUAAACAUACUUUGAAACUGAUUAUAAUAUGAUAAUGAAGUAUCAUUUCAACAACUUCAAGAUCUUAGAUAAAAAUAUCACAGAAAAAGAAAAAUUUACAUACAACAGUGAUGAAUUUGUAGAUUCUAUAUCAAUGUUAGACAAAGAUAGUACUCUUACAUUUCUUCUGACUAACAAUGGCACCCUAUUAAUUGGAGUUUUGGGUGGAUAAGUAUACUCAACAAAAUCACUCCUGUCAAGAAUAAUUGUUCAUGAUGAUUAUUGA